AUGAACUCACUCAACAACUUAAGCGGUCACGUUAAAGACCACACCAAGAAAGAUAUUUUAGAAAAGCACCCAGACGACGUUGUCAUUGUCGCUGCUUACAGAACCGCCAUUGGUAAGGGUUUCAAAGGUUCAUUCAGAUCGGUCGGUACUGACUUCAUCUUGACUGAGUUUUUAAAAGAGUUCCUUGCCAAGACCAAAGUUGACCCAAAGUUGAUUGAAGAUGUCGCCAUUGGUAACGUUUUGAACCAAGGUAUUGGUGGAUUUGAACACCGUAGUGCUGCUUUAGCGGCAGGUAUUCCUUACACCAGUGGUUUCGUUGGUAUCAAUAGAUUCUGUUCAUCUGGAUUGAUUGCCAUCUCAGAUAUUGCAAACAAGAUUGCUGUUGGCGAGAUUGACUGUGGUCUUGCUGGAGGAGUUGAGUCAAUGUCAAAAAACUACAAAAAGGCUAUUCCUACUGUCGAUCCUCACUUAGGAGACAAUGAACAGGUUGCCUCCUGUUUGGUUCCAAUGGGUGUCACUAACGAAAAUGUCGCCAACAAGUAUAACGUGUCAAGAGAGGCCCAAGAUGCAUUUGCUGCCAAAUCAUACAACAAGGCAGAAAAUGCCAUUGCCAGUGGCAAAUUCAAGGAGGAAAUCUUGCCAAUCAGAUCUAUUAUCCGUGAUGGUGAGAGUGAAAAGGAAAUCACCGUUGACACCGAUGAAGGUCCAAGAAAGAAUGUUGACGCUGCUGGUUUAGGAAAAUUGAAGCCAGCCUUUGGUGGUAGCACAACAGCCGGUAACGCCUCACAAAUCUCAGAUGGAGCUGCUGCUGUUUUGUUGAUGAGACGUUCCUUUGCUGAAAAGCACGGAUACCCAAUCAUUGCCAAAUAUGUCGCUUGUUCCGUAUCUGGUGUCCCACCAGAAAUUAUGGGUGUUGGUCCAGCCUUUGCUAUUCCAGAAGUUUUGCAAAGAACUGGUCUCAAGGUUGACGACGUUGAUGUGUUUGAAAUUAAUGAAGCUUUUGCUGGUCAAUGUUUGUACUCUAUCCAAACUGUUGGCAUUGAUGAAUCAAAGGUUAACUUGAAUGGUGGUGCUAUCGCUUUAGGACAUCCUUUGGGAACUACUGGUGCUAGACAAUACGCAACUAUCAUGCCUUUGUUGAAACCAGGUCAAAUUGGUGUCACCUCCAUGUGUAUCGGAACUGGUAUGGGUGCUGCUUCAGUCUUGGUUAGAGAAUAG